AUGGCUAGUAAAAUUGAAGGUGUAGCCGAAAGUGGCGAUGUAGAUAUUGAAAGUUUUUCCUCAAGUGAUGAUGAAGAAGAGGAAGAAGAAGUGGAAGAGGAAGAGGAGGAUGCUUUAUACAAGGCAAAGGGAAAAGGAAAAACUUCUCAGGGACUGGCCAUUGUCAAAAAAGAAUUUCAGGCCCAACUGUCCUCUUCUAAUGAAGAUUCUUCUGAUGGUGAAGUUGGCCUUUCCAAAGGGCGAACCACUACUCAACAUUCCAGCAAAGCCCUAAAAAUGCGUAGCCCUUCCGAAAAAGUUAUUAGAAAGGCUAAAAGGAAAAUCAUGCCUGAACUGGAAAAAACAGAAGAGUACAAACAAACCGGAGACUCCCCAAAACACAAGAAACCAAAGUCAUCCAAAGAGCUUGUUUUGGCAACGCCUUCCUUAUCUACCUCAACCUCCUUUAUGAUGCAGAGGAGAGCCCUUCCAGCCUUAGCUGAUCUUUACAAAGUGAUCAAGGUCACUAAAUCUUCCAGUACUUCUACUUCAAGUGUAAGUGUCCUCACACUUCCAGGACCUUCAAAUGAUACUAUCAUGGUGGCUAAAGAAAAGUUGCUAUCUUAUCUUGCCCACGAUGUGGAGGAUGUAGUCUCUUUCCACUUAAGUCUAGCCAGUACUAUUGUGACCCUCAAAAAACAUUCAGAAUUUCCUGAUUCCAUCCAGGCUUCUUUGACCAAGCUGCAACACCAACUCCAAUUCAUUGUUGCCCAUGUGAGCUCCAGUACUUCUAUAGUUUCCAAGUAUGAAAAGGAAGCCAAGCUCAGAGAGAAAGCUCUUGAGGAUUUUCAACUCUCCUUAGAAUCCUACCCAGAAAUCAAGGAUCGGGCUGAAAAGCUUAUGAUCAAGAAAGAAGAACUGAAUGAAGAACUGGCCAAAGUUUAA